AAGAUAAAAAUUAUAAUGGAUCGACAGGCUCGUAAAGCAAAUUUAAAAAAAUUGCGUUUGACGGGUAUUAGACGUGAUGACAAAAAUAGUCUACGGAAAAAUCUAUCUGACAGUUCCUCGAUAUCAAAAUAUUUUAAAUCGCCAAUUACAAAAGAACAUAAGCAAAGUAGCCCUAAGGAAAACAACGGAUCGGGAUGUGAUAGUGAUGUAAUUGUUUCGGAACCAUGUGAUCACCCUGUGGAUUCUUUUAAAGAGCUUUCUAACAAAAAAGCCAAAAAAAGAACUAGUCUUAAGAAAUUUAUUAAUAAAGAUGGGGCAAAUAUGGAUAACGCCGUUAAAAAAGAAUUUCUUAAAAAUGAUGAUGAGGAUUUUGAAACUCCUGUGAAGAGAGUUAAGAAACCUAUAAAUGUUCAAAGAGUACGCCCUGCCUCGAAUCGUAAGAAAUCUCGAGGUAAGGACCAGCCAGAUAUCAAAUCGUCCCUAAUGCGAAGUGAAGAAGUUUUUUCUAAGAUUACGUCAGAAUAUUGCAAAUAUGAUAACUUUAGCCCUGAUGAAAUACACCUAGCAUUAGCUUUGUCAAAAUCGCAAAUGGAAACUAGCCACACAACCCACUUAGAUUUAGAAGAAGAUUCCGUUCAUAAAAAAGUAGAAAUCGACAAUGGAAAUUUGGAUAACGUUCAAGAUAUUUUACGUCAAUAUGGCUUUAGAGCAACGUCUUCAGAAGUGUAUAGCAGUUUAACAGCUCCGUUCUUACCAGGAGCGAAACGGCGAACCAAAACAAAGUGGGCCAACAAAUUUACUGCAUUAACUUUGCGUGAUCCCAAGUACCAAAUGAAAAAGCUGCAGGUAAAAAUAAACGCUCUAAUGGCUCAACAAGUUGACAUGAACUCAUUAGUUGUAGCGGAAAGUCAGAAAGGAACAUAUUCUUUACUCAGUAGUCAUCUGCAGAAGUUGCAACCAAACAAAUCCACGAUGAAAGUGUUUGCCGAUGAACAUAGGGCGAAUCUGGAUGAAUUUUAUGUAAGAAGUUUAUUUGAAGUGGCCAAUGUGCAAGCGGGUUAUUUGUUGAAAGAUUGGCAUGCUAUUGAGGGACGAGAUAAGUCACCUAAACAUAGGCCAAAUAAAAUUACUAACUUUUCAAAGUUUGAAGACCAUUAUGAAAAGAAACAUAAUUUGGAUUCAACGUCUCAAGGUGAAAAUGCCAUUUUGGAAAAGAAUUCCUCCGAGUCUUCCAUACUAACAAAUAAGUAUAAAGAAAGCAUAAAACAGGAAGGUAACCUUCGUAAUGAGAAAAUGUGGGGAAACACCAACGAGAGCGUGUCAGCUAACGAGCUUUUUGAAGAAAACAGUCCAGACCAUAGGAAUGAGGUUACUCCGGAAUUGAACAAAUUAAAUAAUUCCAUCAGCGAUACUAUCGAAAGCAAUAGUUGCACCUCGUCGAAAAACAACUCGGAAAGUUUCAAAACUUUGUCUUGCAGACUUCGAAUACUGUCUCCCAACAUAUUUGCGAGUUCAGAAGAUGAGUCAGAGGAAAGCAUUGUUCCACAAAUGUUAUCAGAGAACAAAAUGAAUGAAUCAACCGAGAAUGGUGAAGGAGAUGUCAUCGAUUUGACCCAGGAAAUACCUUCAGAUCAACCAGAAAUUGAUUCAAAUGCAAAAGUUAACGAGAGUGUACCUAUAGAUAACUUACAUAAAAAUGAAGGUCACGGAAAUAAGCUUGAAUCUUUUGAAAACGCGAAUUUAAUUGUGACAAAUACAUUAUAUGAUCAAUUCGAUGGUGAAGCACUUCCUACGACCCAUAUUUGUAGUUAUACAUCCUCGAAUGAAAAAUAUGUGGACGGACUAUUGCGUGAGACAGUCAAGCCCAAUAAAACAGUUUUUAAGUCACCUGUAGUAACAGCCUCUGAAAAUAAAAAGAAUAUAAGAAAUACACCGUUAAAUUUUAGUCGAAGUAAAUCUGAUUCAUUUGCUUCCAUCUCAGAAAACGCAAAUUCGUCCGCUGUUGCAAGCUCAUCUCUAACAUUCAGUAGUGAUAAUAUUAAUGAGGAUGGGGCAGAUUCCUCUGAAGAUUGUAUAGUUUUGUCAGACGAUGAAAUUAACUAUUCGAUUUGGAAAGCCGAUAAGAGCAUAUUAGAAUUGAAUGAAAAUACCACGAAGGAUGCCGAGCUAACGAACCGCAUGGAAUAUCGUAAUUACAACAACUUAUGUUCACUAUUAGAUGUAACGGAAGAGCAGAAGGCCUUAGAAAGUAAUACGGAUAAAACACCAAUACCCGAGGAAACGCUAUUUACAGACGAAGAUGCGUUUGAAGUGCGAAGUCCAUUUGCAAAAGCGAAUCGUUCUACGGAGCUUCUUGAGUUUGGAAUAUUAGAUAAUAUUUCAGAGCCAUUUACCCAAACAUAUGAAAUUCUCAAAACUUCUACAGACCAGGCCGAAACUAAUUCCUCUUUGAUAGUAAAUCAUAACACACCACUUGGAAUGGAUGACUUACUUACUGGGGAUAUAAGUUUCAGUAAGAUCAGGGAAACUGGGUGUUGUUCAGAAGUCAACACUCAUAUGUCUUCUUUGCAGCUGUGCACAUAUCCCCCUGACGAAUAUGAAAUCGAAGGAAGAAUUUAUUCAACUCAUAUUGUCACCGAUUCAAAACCAAACUUUACUCAUCAAACUGAAGCAGAAAUAUUAAAGCAACUAUAUGAAUUUGGAAUAAAACCGUUAAAACGUAAACAAGCAGUGAAGAUGUUAGAGUAUAUUUACAAUUCAACGCAUCCCUUAAUACUAGAUCAAACCCCCAAUUUGAUUAAGCAAACUGAGGGCGGAAUCGUAGUUCAUGAGCGCUCUGAAAAAAGUGAUUUUGGACAUUCAGUUUCCACGAAUUCACCAUCGGAUACAUUGCAAUUAAAGGACUGUUUUGGCUUUAAUAUGAGGUCGUUUAUACACAACUUACAGCUCGAUUGUGAAUGUGAUGAAUACAUUUUUCAAACAAAUAUUACAAAGAAGACAUCACGACCGCUGUUACCUUUCCAUAUCGCCUGGUAUAAUCUUGUUUCUUCCAAUACUAUUUUGCAUGAAACUGUAUUGAUGUAUAAGCCUAUAGACUUACAGGAAAUUUUUUUAUUUUUCAAGCAACUUGGCUACCGAUAUGAACCAAAGGACAUAAAAGAAUUUCUUGACAGACGUUGUAUAAUUUUCCGCUACGAUUUAACCCAACCAGACCGUCAAAGCAACCGUCAUAUCCGAAAAUGUAAAACGAAGCCAAAUAAAAUUAUUAAGAAUAUGUAAAGGAGAGAUAAAUUCGUAAAUAAAAUAAAAUAAUGCCUGCCCAUUGAAACUGAUGUUAUACUGGUGUUCCCAAUGCAAGACACUGUCAUUUAAGUCGUUAUUUAUUCGUUUACGAAUUUAUAAAUUAUUGCCAUAUAAAAUUUAGCCGUAUUAUUUAUAUAUAUAUAUAGAUAUUGCAAAGUAUGACAAAAACUCCUUAUCAAGCAUCAUAUGAUACCUAUUGAUAAUUUUUUUUUAUUAUCGGAUCUUUGUCUGAACGUAUAAGAAUAGCCCGUAGACGCAGAAUAAUAACAUUGC